AGACCGACGAAAAAGGAAAAGGCGCCUCGUUGAAAUAGUGUAAAAUAGCAGUAAGGAUGUUGCAGAAUAUGUUCCGGUUAGCGCACAGCAAGCAUAAGCUGUUGUGUCGAUACUAUGUGCGAAAAGCAAGGAACCCGGGUAUUGAUCGGCGGGCCGCGUUGCUGCAGGACGACGCCCACCCGGAGCAGGAGCUGGAGCAACUGGAAGCAGGCGAACCUACUUUCAAUGAAAUGCACAAGAGCUACAAGCAAUAUCAACACGAACAGGCACAAUAUCGUGACCGGCUGCAGACCUGGAUCGUGGGAAACAAAUAUUUCAAAACCAAACAACUAAACUUCCUGACCUGGACCGAAAAGGAGCAGAUCCGCUAUCUACACCUGCACGACACGGAAGAAUGGACCAUCGACAAACUGACCGAAAGCUUCCCGGCUGAUCGCUACACGAUUGCGAAGAUAGUGAAAACCAAAUGGCAACCGAAGGACGAAGCACGCAUCGAGCGACACGAUGCUGUUGUCAAGGAAAACUGGGAAAUGUUACGCAGUGGUCGCAUCAAACAUCUCGAUCCCGGAUUCGCACAACAUUUAGGCAAGUUUGUUCAACGAAACGUUACUGAAGGAAAUCCUCCUCGAGCACAGCAGAAACGGGUACAGGAGUUGCGGCCACUAGCGGAGGGAGAAUUUAGUGCAAUCGUAUCUAGCUGUAAAAAGUACAAGUCAGAAACGAAGAAUGUUGACCGUUUGCCAUUACUAAGUAAUCCUAGAUCUGAAGAGCAGGAGGAGGAAGAGGAAAACAAUGAUUAUCAGAAGCUAGAUCCACGAGCUCCAAAGCAAGACAUGUUCAUAAUGGGCAAAGUUAAAGAUACACGGCACCUAACGUUGGCCGAGAUGAAGAGAAGUAGUGGGGAGAUUGAAUCAGAUUCCGAUCGUGGGGGGAUCGUUAAUAUCUCGCGGCUCAAACUAGGAACAGAUGUUUUAGAUGAACUGGAAAAAAUGUACGAUCCACCAGAUAAGGCAGUAACGGCAUCGCUCGACGGACACGGCAACGCAAGCGAGGCCGACAUAAAGGAGUUUAUAAAAAUCCCAAAAAAACUUUACAAAAAAGGUGCCACUUAUCAGGUGGACGAUUGUUUUUACGACGAUGAUGGUGAGUUCCUGUAUCGAGUGCCCGGUAUGAAUGGGCAUAAUCGAAAAUACAAUAAAUAAAUGAA